CGCAACGAAACAUGGAUGAACUGCUACUUAGGAGGAUCUGACGAUGCCGCUGUGAGAAUGCGUCCGCCGCACACCUCCCGCUCUUUUUUUCUUUUUCUUUUCCUCUCUAGUUCUUGGAGGACGCUGGCGAAAUCCCUGCCGACCCCGGGAGCAGUCGAGGUGCUGAUUAAAGUCCGGGUAUUUGACAACAGCGACCUGUCACCUCUAAAGGAAUCCACAGUUCAGGUGUGUGGAAACCAGACGGUCUUAGCAUCCAGCCUUGCAGGGGGAGAUGGGAUUGUCACACUUACGUUCCUGUACCGCCCCGGAACAUGGGUCAUCGUCACAGCAUCAAAGCAUGGAUUUGUCACAAACUCGGCGCCCUGGCAUGCCAGCCGCAUCCCGCUGUAUGCCUCCGUAAGCCUGUACUUGCUUCCCCAGAGACCAGCCACUCUCCUGCUGUAUGACGAUGUGGUGCAGCUACUGUUGGGUUCUCCAGGAUCCCGGAGACAGCCGUGGGUACAGCUACAGAGAAGAGCCAUUCGUCCACCCCUAAACACCUCCCAAAUCACCCUCUCUGCAAUGCUCACCUCUUCCCGCAGUCAGUAUGAGCUUGGGGCUUUCUUACCCCUUGCCUUGGAGAACAACUCGACAGGAUCCAACAGUAGCUGGAUGGAGCUAACUGCUCUAGCUGCAAUGUGUGCUCAGCUCACUGGGCCCAACGGCACUGAGGUCCAAGUAUCAGAACCCAUCCACAUCUCCAUCCCCCUUCCUUCUGAUUCACCUCUCAAGACUGCCACCAGUGUCCCAGUAUGGAGGUUCGAAGACAGGACAGGUCUGUGGGUCAGAAGUGGUGCUGGAUACAUUAAAAAAGAAGGCACUCAGAUGACAUGGAGUUUUGUGGCUCCAAAUUUAGGAUACUGGCUUGCAGCAUUUCCCUCAACCUCAGGAGCAGGCCUGAACACCUCUGGACUAAGGGACAUCACUACCUAUCACACUAUUUUCCUGCUAGCGAUUCUGGGUGCCAUGGCCCUGCUAGUGCUUAUUCUGCUGUGUUUGUUGCUGUACUACUGCAGGAGGCGGUGUCUAAAACCUAGGCAGCAUCGCCGUAAAAUGUACCUUUCAUCCACUCUGGAAAGCUCAAAGAGAGACCAGGGGACAUCCACUUCCCACUUAAAUCUCAUCAGUGGUGGACACAUGGAAACAGCUUCCUCAGCUGCCGAGCAUGACGGCAUAAAAUCUGACCUUUCCUCCAACCGUGAUCUUCACAGCUCUAGAGAGGACUUUUUCAGGCAUGGCCUCAACCAGAGACAGCGGAACUCCAGGAUGAGCGUAGACACAAAGCGAGGAGAGUGCUUCCCUUUAAAGACCACUCGCUCUUCAAACACAGGAACCCGUGACCCGCUCCUGCAGGAUGACUAUAGCAAAGGUUACAGCUCUGCGGAGGACUCUGAUGAACGUAGAUAUCAUCAACACAAUGCUAAAGACAACCAGGGCUAUUCAUCAGACCCACCGUCUCCACCUCCACUUUUGCCACCAUUUACUGGCCACUAUAAGGAUCACAGUCGGGAUAGCAAGCCCCCAGAGUAUUAUGCAUCAGCAGGGGAUCACCUCAGUCGACCCAGUUCCGUUAACACCCAGCCUGGCCAGCUGAUCUUCUGUCACUCCAUGGAGCAGAUGAAGGAGAGCAUGUACCAUAGCAUGGUGCCCACGUUGGUCAUCCCUGCUCAUUAUAUGCAUAUGUCCUCUGACCUAUCAGCUGUGGAACAGGCAAUGGAAAGGCAGCAACAACUGCAGCAUGAUAUGGAGGGCAUCCAGGUUAGCAUGACGCUGCCACGGCAACAAACUCAGCACCAAAAGCAACAACAGCAGCAGCAGGCCAGACAAGAAAAUGAAGAGGAAGAGUCUAGCCAGAAAGCAGAGGGACCUUCAGAGGAGAACUGGGGAUCUGAACAGUCCACUGCCCCAGUUCGUAUUCCUGUCCUUUUCAAUGACUCCACCAUUGCGCAAAUGAAUGGAGAGCUGCAAGCAAUGACAGAGAAGAAGCUUCUGGAGCUUGGAGUAAAGCCACACCCUCGUGCCUGGUUCGUUUCCCUUGACGGCCGCUCAAACUCUCUUGUUAGACACUCCUACAUUGAGCUAAGCAAUGAAGCCCUGCGUGCACCCGUGGCCCCAGCAGUCUAGCACAGGACCACCGCUCUGAAGCACUCCCAUGAAUUCGCGAGAUCUACUCACCGGAAAGUGAAAGAGGAGGGCAAAGCGAAGGAGGGAGGUGAAAGAAAAGCUCAUGGAAAAAUUUAUUCCAAGCUUCCGGUUAUCGAAACACCAGACUCGAGCAGCGAGAGCCAUUCAGCCAUCUACUCACCUGAGGAGAACUCCACGGCGCCACUGCUUGAUGAGACCUCUGAAUCCAGAGGAGGACAUUCCCUCGUAAAAGGUCGCAGUCGGGACAACAGCACCCGAAGUAGUGCCAGCGAGGUCCACAGAGACUCUGUCACCAGUCCUGAUGACGACAAUGAAGCCGACGACAAGGAUGAUGAUGGAGAGAAUAAGAAGAGCCCCUGGCAAAAGCGUGAAGAGAGGCCCCUCAUGGUGUUUAACGUCAAGUAACUCACAUGCUGUCCAGGACUGGUUAUGGCACCAUCUUGGCUAUACUUUAGAUCAGUGGUCUCAAAAUCAAUUCCUUGAGGGCCAGAGCUCUGCCGAGUUUAGCUCCAACUUACACCUGCUUGGAUGUUUCUAAUGUUCCUGAAGACCUUGAUUAGCUGGGACAGGUGUGUUUGAUUAUGGCUGGAGCUAAACUGUACAGAGCUGUGAUCCUCCAGGAACUGAAUUUGAGACCAAUGCCUUAGACGCUUACUAGUGAUGAAGAUGCAGCGCUGGAAAAUAGUCAGAUGACAAUAGCACAAUAAGCACAAUAAGAGACAUGGCACUUACCUGAGUGAUACACAUCUGUUCCAACCAUUAAGACUAGGUACCAAGAAUUAGUGCUGAAUUCCGCUUGUAAAGAAGCAUCUAAAGUCCUCACACCCUUUUAGAUGGCCUUCAGAUGGUUUAAAGAUCUGUUGUAGUUCUGACAGCAGUUCAUGAGGCCAUAACUUUGAAUCUGCACUCUUCUCAAGCAGUUUUCUCGCUUUCCUAAAGUGAUACCCAUUUUUGUAAGAAUGACCAUGAGCCAUUUUAAACGGUAGACUUUGGGAAGCAAUCCAUAAGCCUUAAAGAGCUUUUCCUUUUUAAAAGAAAUAUAAAUGAAAAUGAACAUUAAUGUGAUAUAGGUGAAAAAGAGAGCUUGAAAGAUUUUAUCGGUCUAGAAUGACUUUUAUUAUAGUGGUUUACUCAAAUGUUUAAUUUGUUUAUAUUACUAUAUAGAGCUGAAACAUUAAGAUGUGUGGGAAUCUUACAUUUCACAAACGGAAGUGAAAUAUUUGCUGAAUAAAUUUGCGUGUUUACUCCAAUGUGACUUAUCAAAUCCUAGUGGUUGACACAUAAUGACACUGUAUUUUGUACUGUUGGUAAAAGUUCCCCUUUUGUACUUAUCUAAAACCAGUGUUGCCGUUUUUAAGUAUGUUUUAAGGAGACUGUUUGGAUUAGGAAAGCUGCUCUUAGAUAUGAAUAAAAGGUUCUGCUUAUAUGCUCUACAGAACUCGUUUUGUACUCUGAAUAAGCCUUUCCUGUUGGGUCAGUGCAGCAAUAGGAAUUGUGUUUUGAGGGACUUACCUUGGACACCUGUGAUAAUGUUUUCGCACUAAUCUUUGCUGCAGUGCAUCAGAACUUUAAAUCAGAAACACUGCGACUCUGCUCUGUUAACUGUGGAAGUACAAUUUUGAACCUUUUUCUUUUAUGGACUUUUUGUGUGUGAUUGAAGACAGAUUGUGCUUGAAAUGGAUGUGCAUGGAUGAAUUUACACAAAAAUGUUGUACCAAGUAUUUUUUUAAAAACAAGUAUUGCUUGAUUAAGCACUCUUACUAAACUCUGUGAACCACUUAUUUGUAAAUAACACCUUAGUAAAUUUACACUCUCA